UAUACAUAUACAUCGCUGCAGCACUACUUGGAAAACUACCUACUUUUUUUCUGCACCAAAUACUAUAAAGAUUCUAUACUUUCAUCAACACUGACAUGGAGCAAGAACAGCACAUCAGCUAUCAUUCUGUUUGCCACAGCUGCCUAAGAAGAGAAAGUGGCAUUCUUAAGGGCAGAAAACCGUGCUCGUCGAGCCAAAUGCUCGUGUGCGCACUUGCACUGUCCCUGUACAUGUUUCAAAUCGCCUCAGCAGAGACGUUAUGCGGUGGAGAACUGGUGGAUGCACUGCAGUUCGUUUGCGAAGACAGAGGUUUCUAUUUCAGUAGGCCGAUAAGCAGGACGAACAGCCGACGUUCUCAGAAUCGUGGCAUUGUGGAGGAGUGUUGUUUUAGAAGUUGUGAUCUUGCAUUGUUGGAACAGUACUGCGCCAAGCCUGCUAAAUCAGAGAGGGAUGUCUCAUCCACUUCCCUCCAGGUCAUACCUGCAGUGCCAGCAUUAAAACAGGAUGGCUCAAGAAAACAUGUAACGGUGAAAUAUUCCAAAAUCGACCUGUGGCAGGAGAACGCCGCCCAGAGGCUUCGUAGAGGCAUACCAGCUUUUCUGCGAUCGAGGAAGUUCAGGCGGCAGACAGAAAAGAACAAGGCCCGGGAGCAGGCCAAGGUCCACAAGCGCCUCAUCACGCUUCCGAGCAAGCUCCCGCCCUCGUGGCAUCCCACAGAACACUUUGUCAGCCACAACUGAAUGGUGGAUCGUUUGCACAGAGUUUAAAAACAGACCGGGGAUCAUAGCUUUGUAUACGACGUCAUUUCUGUGGCAGUCUUCUAUAUCCCCGCUUCCCUUCCCCACAACCAUGUUCGCACUCUUCCAGUCCUUCCUCUUGCUGUUUCAUUCACCACAGAAGGCACAUCACAAAUAUGACUAAAUAAGGAAAGGAGAUAACAGAUUGGGUGAUUAGUGGAUCCUAAAAAUGCAAAAGACAAACAAAGAAGGGAUGAAAUACUUAACUUGCAGCAGUCAAGGACAAUCAUUUUGGAGGACAUCAGAACAUGAAGAACCUCUAGCAUUCAACACCCUUCUCUCAUGACAGAUGUAUAUCUCAGUUAAUCUUCUUUCUUAAUAGUUACUUUGCACCACUCACUAUAAAGGGACAUCCAUACUGUAAGGAAGUGUUCUGUAAAAUUAGAUUCCUGUUCCAGCACCUUCUAAUCACAAAUAAAAAAAGAGGAGUCUGCAAAUUGCACAUUGCCACGGAUUACGUCAAAGUAACGUCUUGUUGAGUAAAUAAAGGCACUAUUUUUUUAUGGACAA